UCUCUUCUACUCUCAACUUUUUCAGUCGCCCCUAAACAUUGAUAGCUUGAUGAUAUAUUUUUAUCGAGCUGGGGUUUUUAUUAGUUUAUCCGUGCCAAAGCCACUGAAUUGUGUGAUCUCAGUGCAAAAGUGAAAACCCUAGGCAAUUCCCUGUUUUCCAACCCUAGAAUUGUUUAUCUCCUGUGUUGUUUUGGUGUCCUAGGAAUAUAAAUAUUUAUCAAAACAAUGUCGAAUGACAAAGUUCAAGUUGCUGUUAGGGUUCGGCCUUUCAACCGGCGAGAAAUUGACCUGAACACCAAAUGUGUGGUUGAAAUGGUAGACUCACAAACAGUCUUACACCACCCCUCCACAUUGGAUAAACCACCAGAAAGCCGGAAAGAUCCUAAAAGCUUCACAUUCGACCACUGUUUUUUAUCGCUGGAUGAAGAGGACAGCAGGUUCAGUAGUCAGGAGAUGGUUUUUGAAGCCCUCGGCCAGGAUUUGUUAGAGAACGCCUUCCAAGGAUACAAUGCCUGCAUCUUCGCCUACGGACAAACAGGAUCCGGAAAGUCAUACACAAUGAUGGGUACACAAAACAAUCCGGGGAUCAUUCCGCGGCUAUGCAACGCUCUCUUUGAUCGAAUCAAACGGCUUAAGGAAGAAGAACCUUCCUUGAUGUGCAAGGUCGAAGUUAGCUACAUGGAGAUAUACAACGAAAAAGUCCACGAUUUGUUAGAUCCUGGGGCUCACAAGCAAUCGCUUAAGGUGCGAGAGCACUCAGUGCUAGGUCCUUAUGUAGAUGGUCUUGCCCAGCUGGCCGUAACAUCUUAUCAAGACAUUGAAGUGCUUAUGGGCGAAGGAAACAAGUCUAGGACUGUAGCCGCAACCAAUAUGAACAGCGAAUCGUCUCGCUCUCAUGCCGUUUUCAACGUCAUCCUUACUCAAAUAUUUACUGAUCCGUUUAGUGACGUCACCGGAGAAAAGGUCAGUAAAAUGUCCCUGGUCGAUUUGGCUGGAUCUGAACGCGUCUCCAAGACGGGAGCAGUCGGCGACAGAUUGAAAGAGGGAUCGAACAUCAAUAAAUCACUUACAACUUUGGGUUUAGUCAUAUCCAAAUUGGCCGAUCAAGCCACCUUAAAGAACAAAGACAAAUUUGUACCCUACCGAGAUUCUGUGCUAACAUGGCUUUUAAAGGACAACUUGGGUGGCAACAGUAGAACAGUCAUGGUAGCUACUAUAUCUCCAGCUUCAGACAACUACGAGGAAACUUUGUCAACCUUACGUUAUGCCGACAGAGCUAAACGUAUUGUUUGCCACGCAGUUGUUAACGAAGAUCCCAACGGCCGCAUCAUCAGAGAACUGAGAGAAGAAUUAGAGUUCCUCAAAGAACAACUGAAGCAUGCCGUCUACCGAGACGAUCUCAGCGAGCAACUCCAUCAGUCGGAAAAAUUGAUGAGCGCCAUGUCGGAAACGUGGGAGGAGAAACUGGUCAAAACAGAACGCGUCCACCACGACCGGCAGCAGGCCCUUGAAAAAAUGGGCAUUUCGGUUCAAGCCUCAGGCAUUCAAGUGGAAAAGAAUAAAUUCUAUCUGGUGAACUUGAACGCCGACCCAUCACUUAAUGAACUAUUAGUCUACUAUUUAAAGGAUCGUACUCUUGUGGGACGGCAAGACGCAGACACUCAGCCUGAUAUCCAGUUGUCGGGACUGGGCAUCCAGACUGAGCACUGCCAGUUGUUGAUCGAGAAUGGGCAAUUGUUUAUGGAACCAUUGGGAGUGGCACCAUGCUUCCUAAAUGGAUCUCCGGUUAUAGCUCGAGUACUACUUCGUCACGGCGAUCGUCUUUUAUGGGGGAACAACCAUUUCUUUCGGGUUAACUGUCCACGUCCUAGUCCAACUAGUGAGGAACAAGUUCAACCUGAUUUCAAUUUUGCACGCGAAGAGCUAGUAUUGAAAGAAAUGUCCAAUGACCCCAUUCAAAAUGCAAUUGCCCGUUUGGAGAAGCAGCACGAAGAAGACAAACAACGAGCCCUACAGCGCCAACGACAGGAAUACGAACGACACUUUCACCAACUCCGCACUUCACUUCUCUCUCCGAUGUCGCCUUCUUCAUCUUUUUCGUCGCUCGAUCUCAGCAAUCGAUCUCUGCGUAGCGGAAUGGGAUCAGGAACGCCCCGUUCAGAACGGUGGGCGCAAGAGAAAGAUGAAAUAUUUCGCCGAAGUUUGGCGCAGCUCAGAGAGGACAUUGUCCGUGCUAAUUCUCUCGCUCGCGAAGCCAAUGUCUUGGCCGAAGAACUCGGCAAGCAGACGCGCUUCAGUGUGACCCUCCAAAUUCCACCUGCCAAUCUAAGUCCAAAUCGUAAGCGAAUAGGACUGGUGAGCGAGCCUGCGAUUCACGUCAGGCGGACGGGAAAACCCAAUCAAAUCUGGUCAUUAGAUAAAUUAGACGUCAAAUUAGUGGACAUGAGAGAUCUCUACAACGAAUUCAAAAAUGUGGAUCCACUCAACAGAAGAGAAAACCCUUUCCUAUCUCCAGGUUCGGAUCCAUUUUAUGAGCUGCAAGAGAGCCAUAGUUUAAUAGGUGUUGCUAAUAUCUACAUGGAUGUUCUGUUCCAUGAUGUCCAAUUGAAUUACUAUGUUCCUAUUAUAUCUCAGCAAGGAGAAGUGGCUGGCAAGCUGCAGGUGGAAUUGAGCAGAAUCGCUGGGCAGUUUCCUACCGAUCACAUGUGUGAAUCGGACUCUGGCGAGAAUUGGGACGAGCAAGAUGAAGAUGCUUCAUCCAAUGGCCAUUGUACUGCGAUCACAUGUCGUGUUAGCAUUCAUCAGGUCUGCGGAUUGCCGGCAUCCUUAUCGCAUUUUGUUUUCUGCCAGUAUAAUAUGUUCGGUCAAGCAGAAGCUGUAGUGGUACCGACAGUGAUAAGUAACGAGGAUGAGGAUCGUCGAAAUCAAAACGAUGUUCGCAUUCGCUUUGAUCACGUCAAAGAUUUUACUGUGCCAUUAACCGAGGAGUUCAUGGAUCUGUGCAGUGAAGGGGCGCUGUCAAUUGAGGUUUGGGGCCAUCGAAGCGGUGGUUUUACAGCAGGGAAAACCGCAUGGGAAGUGGAGCAGCAGCAGCUAGCAAAAGUGAGAUCUUUAGCGGAUAAAUGGCGUGAAAUUUCACGACGAAUUGAAUUAUGGGUGGAAAUUCAGGAAUUGAGUGACUCCGGUGAAUACGCUCCAGUUGAGGUCAUCCACCGAGACUGCCUUUCCGGGGGUGUCUAUCAGCUCCGCCAAGGACAGCAACGAAGAGUUUGCAUACGUGUCCGUCCUGUACGUGAUUCCGGCACGUUACCGUUGGUCUGUGAAACAGUAACGUGUGUCGAAAUAGGAAGUGUUUCGGCUAGGUCCAAACUUCAAAAGCAGCUAGACUCGUAUCAAGAGGAAGAUCUGCUCCUGUUGCGAGACAAGUGGAGUGAUGCCGUGGCACGUAGACGACAGCAUCUUGACCAACAGCUACAACGACUGAUGCAAAAACAAGAUAAAACCGAAAGCGAUGUAGAACGGGAGCAGAGUUUGGUUAACCAAUGGGUUAGCCUUACUGAAGAACGAAAUACGGUUUUAAUUCCCGUGUCCAGUUCGGGAAUUCCUGGUGCUCCUGUUCCAACGGAUUGGAACCCGCCUGCCGGUUUGGAACGACAUGUUCCGGUCUUGUUUCUUGAUCUUAAUCCAGAUGAUCUUUCCGCUCCCUGCCAGUCAAACUUGAACGGAAGUUUUGAUAAUAGUUCCUUUAUCGAUGGCUUGAACAUGACGGAUGAUGGACAGUAUAUGGCCGCAGCCGGAAUCAACUCAAUCUUACCGAAAGAGCACGGUGGACAAUUUUCCAGCUUGCCCAUUAUCAGGUAUCUUGACAAUGAAGAUAUCGGUGCCAUCGCUGCCUGGGACUCGUCAAUUCACGACAGCUUGUACUUGAAUCGCGUUACUGAAGCCAACGAAAGAAUUUAUUUAAUCUUAAAAGCAACGAUUCGAUUGUCACAUCCUUCGCCAAUGGAUCUCAUAUUGCGCAAGAGACUCGCAAUUAAUAUUUAUAAGAAACAGAGCCUUACAACCAUUUUGAAAAAGAAGAUUGGCCGUGUUGAUUCUAUUACAGCAUCGGGAGUCAUGUACGAAAUUGUAUCCAACGUUCCUAAAGCCAGCGAGGAGUUGGAAGAUCGCGAGUCACUGGCGCAGCUAGCGGCAUCGGGUGAAGAUGUUUAUUCAGAGGACGGCGAAACUUACAUUGAAAAGUACACGAAAAGCGUUGGUGCAGUCGAGUCCAUCUUGACAUUGGACAGGCUUCGACAGAAUUUGGCUGUCAAAGAAUUACUGCAAAAUCAACAAGGUGGAAAAUCUAGUUCCGCCAUGAGGAAGACCUUAAGUGUUCCCAAUUUGUCGCAGCUAUUGCGCUGGCAAGAGGAGAACAGCAACAGCAACCCAGGAAAGAUGGGACGCUCAGAAUCAUUGGCAAAUUUUGCUGCAGAAAUACUUGGUAUUCAAGGCCAAGGCCGAGAUAAAGGAACGACUGCAGGUUCUCCAAACUCACCAUCAGGUGAAGUUGCUCGUCGAUCGCUUGAUUCGACUGUGACGCGGCCCAACUACCUUAAUCUUAAUGCAAACGCUGGUCUUGGUCGACUGAGUCAGUCAUCUCCCAGUCCGGCGUCCUCUCGUCUGGUGUCCAGGAUGACAACUUUGCAUGAAGAAAACCCUAGUUCAAGUAAUCAUCCCAUAUCGUCGCUGGUGUUUGUGGACAAAUUGGAAACCACUCCAGAAGUAUUGGAGGAUAAAAUCGAAGAAGAAGCCGAAUUGGACAUGACUGAAUUAAUUGAUAACGAAAGCCGAUUGCAAGUACACAACGACGAGAACGGGCCACAAGGGGAGAGUGUUUACUCCAGUGGAUAUGGAUCAAACGGUGCGUCGGAAGUGACUCUUUCCAGCACCAACGAAGAUGAGUGUUCUUUAAGAAGCUGUAGCGUCAGCACUGAAGAAACUCCCGAUCAUCCGAUACCUCAGCCAGCGCUACCUAUUUCGUCUGGCGUUGAAGAAAACCAAGAAGAAUCAGAAGAGAAUUUGAUGACUACUUCCACCGAUUGCGGUGUCGUUCGAAGACCAAAGGCUUCUGUGGACAAAUUGACUGCUUUGAAGGCUCACCGAUCAUCCUGCCCUACUGCUUUGACCGUUAACGAGCCGAAUAAUCUCAAUAACAGUUAUGGCAGUGCUCACAGUAGCAGUAGUAACGUCUCCAUUGAACGUCUUACAGCUACUGACGACGAAGAAAUUACUUCCGAAAUUCCAAACGUAACGAACAAACCCUCCAAACCAUUACCGGAAUGGGUGAUUGUCGGUGAAAGUAUUUUAGUGCGGCCUUAUAAUUGGUCGGGCAUCAUUUCGUUUAUUGGUGCAACUCAAUUUGCAUCUGGAACUUGGAUCGGCGUAACAUUAGAUGCCCCGACUGGUAAGCACGACGGAUCUGUUCAAGGAGUCAGUUAUUUCAGUUGCAAACCCAAGCACGGGAUUUUUGUUAAAGUAGACAAAUUAAUUUUGGAUAAAAGAGGUCGAGCUCUUCAUAACUCUGUAGCUAGAGGUUCGACCUCAGAUUUGCAUAGCAAUGCGAUGAAACGCAGCCAGAGCAAGGCGGAAGGCAUGAGUGAAAGUGCUCGUAAAACUGCUCUCUCGGGUGAUGCGUCUAUGCGUCGUUCCAAAAGUCGAGGAGAUGGGCUCAACCGUCACUAAAUUUACCACAAGUAUUCUCUUCUUCUUCACUUAGAAGAUGCAAGAAGAGUUAGUCAUAUUUCAACAGGGCUGACGAAGAAAGAACUGCUAUAUUAAGCACCAAUUUUGUUUUUAGUAUUCAUACGGCAAUAUUUACGACUCGUGUUUGAAGAAGUACUUUUAAAAGAAACUUGACUGAUGCAAGGCAAUGUGAGACCAAAAUUGAUUUUACUAUUGCCCCUAAUUUAAAGUAAUCCGAUUAUUUAAAGCAUUCCUAUAAGUUAGCCGGAAUUUAUUUUAAAGAAAAGCAUUGGUUUGUGAUUUUCUUCAUAGUAGAAUUUUAUCGAAUGAUCAUCUUAUUAUAUAAAUUUUGUCUGCAUACAGUGCUUGAUUUUGACGUGUAAAGACUUGCAUAUUACAUUUAUUUUGCUCAUGGUAUAUUUUUCUCCACUGCUUGAUUUGGAAUAAGCUUUAUUUAAUUUUUGCACUUGCAUGAAGUGUUCCAAUGCGAAAUUUUUAAAUUUUAAUUUUUCUUGGCAUGCAAAGUGUACUUUUAACCAAAAAUAAUUGGAAUUUAAAAAUGAAAUAUAAACUGAAAUGUCAUCGAAUCCCCUGAUUGUACUUCCGGUGUUUCAAUUUAAUAAGUAAAUGGAAUCUAAUUAUUGUUACUCCAUCACAAGCAAUUACAGAAUUAAUAACCAGUAAUUAUCGCCAGCACACUUGUAUUUCUUGUCAACGUUAUGUGGCAGAUGAAAAGCACAAGUCAGAAGUACGAAAGCGGCGAGUGAAUUAUUUUCCUUUCUUGGUCUUCAUUUUCCUGAGGUAGAAUUCCAAUUCUCGUCCCUCAAGGAUGUAACCAUCAGCCCUACCACAUUGACCGGGCCGGCUGGAAAUUGCCACUAGAAGACGACCAGUCAGGAACUGUUCUUCCAAAGCGGUCUCGAUCUUGGCGAGACGCUGGCGGGUCUUGUAUUUCUUCUCGGAUUUCUUGGACUUCUUCUUGUUCAAUA